AUGUCUCAGGGGAACCGAGAAAAACACAAGAUGGAGAAUGAAAAAGAGGAUAGAAAAAUACUGAAAAAUACAGCUCUAAGACUUGUUGAGAAUAACAAAGGAAUACUUGCAAUAGAUGAGAGUCCAGCAUCAAUGGAAAAGAAGUUUGCUGCUGUGCAGAUUGAAAACACAGAAGAAAACAGAAGAAGAUACAGGGAAGUCUUGCUAACUGCGCCUGUAGAAAUACAAAAAUAUCUGGGCGGUGUAAUCCUAAACGAAGAGACUUUCUUCCAGAAGGACAGCGCAGGAGAGCUAUUCACAACCCACAUGAAAAAGGCAGAAAUAUGCAUUGGAGUGAAACUAGACAAAGGCCUUCUUCCACUGAACAAUGACAAUACAAGCCAAGAGAAGCUCAGCACAGGCCUGGAUGAUCUAAAUGAAAGGUGCCUUAGAUACAGAAAAGGCGGGGCAUCCUUUGCAAAGUGGCGGUCUGUCUUUACAAUCUGCCAGGAUCUUCCGACAGAGGAGUGCAUCUUUAAGAACUGCAACAUUCUGGCAGAGUACGCAAUGAUUUGCCAGAAAAACAAUCUGGUGCCUGUUGUAGAGCCAGAAGUAUUAUUCAAUGGGGAGCACUCUGCAGUGCAGUGCGAGAUAGUCACUGCUGCUGUCAUUUCUUGUCUGUUCUACCACCUGAACAGAAAGGGCGCGUACAUUCCGGGAAUUAUUCUUAAAGUUGGCUUUGUCACCGCAGGGCAGGAAAGGCAGAGACAGUCUCUGGGGGACGUAGCAAAUGGAACCAUCCAGGCAUUUAUGGCCUCUGUUCCACCUGCACUGCCUGGUGUGGUAUUUUUAAGUGGCGGCCACCCAGAAGACAUCUCUGUGGAGUACCUAAAAGAAGCCAACCGCGUGAAAAGAGAAAGAAAUGCGCCCUGGGCAAUUUCGUACUCAUUUGGCCGGGCACUGCAAGAUAGUGUCCUGAAGCUAUGGGCAAAUAAUGAUGAGAAUAAGGAAAAGGCUCAGAAGCUGCUGGUGGAAAGAGCACGGAUCUGCUCUGAGGCAGUUAAAGGAUGA